AUGACGACGACUGCUGUUAUUCCGCCAGACAGGGAGCACUUUAGUGUCGCCAUUAUCUGCGCCAUUGCAACAGAGUACAAUGCAGUUUGUCACAUAUUUGACGAAUUCUGGGAUGAGAAUGGGGACCAAUUCGGCAGAGCGGCGGGGGAUCUCAACACUUACACAACAGGCCGCAUCGGCAAGCAUAACGUCGUCCUCGCCCUACUUCCACGCAUGGGUAAAUCGAACGCCGCCGCUGCUGCCGCCGGUUUUAGAUCGAGUUACAAUAACAUCGAGUUGGCGCUGCUUGUGGGCGUCUGUGGAGGCGUGCCUCGCCCUGGCGGCUCUGUAGAAGACGAGAUCCUGCUUGGCGAUGUGAUCAUUGGCAAGACUGUUGUCCAGCACGACUUUGGCAGAAAAUAUCCGAGCGGAUUUGUACGCAAGGCUUCGUUUGAAGAGAAUCUCAGCAAAGCACCAAAGAACAUUCAAGGCCUCCUGAACACUUUCGAGACGGACCGAGGACUGUGGCUGCUUCGGACUCAAACGGCGCAGUUCCUAUUGCAGAUGCAAAAUGCGGGAAAGGGCAGGAAUCGUCGACCGCUCGCAAAGUACCGUUACCCUGGGACAGCCAAAGAUAGACUCUUUCGUUCGGAUUAUCGCCACAAGCAUCGCGGCUCAGGCACACCUCUUUGCACCAUUUGCAGUAGCAGCGCUGAUGCUGUUUGCGAAGAUGCUCUGAACGCCACAUGUGAGGAGUUGGGAUGCGAAGAAAGCUCCUGCAUACCUAGGGAACGCCUCCAAGAAAAAGAAGAGCUUGAACAUAACAGUCAAGAAGAGGCACAAAAACCAGCAAUUCACAUUGGCGCCGUGGCAUCAGGAGACACGGUCCUCAAGUCAGGCGAAGAUCGCGAUAGGAUUGCGAAGAAAGAACGUGUGAUAGCCUUUGAGAUGGAGGGAGCGGGCAUAUGGGAAGAAAUUCCAUGCAUCAUUGUCAAGGGUGUCUGUGAUUAUGCAGAUUCUCACAAAAAUAAGAGGUGGCAGGAUUUUGCGGCUGCAACGGCGGCGGCGGCUGCGAAGGCUCUUUUACAUCGAUACCCCAAGACGGAGAAGGCAGGAUAUGUAUGA